CGAAUGUAGCACCAACCAGUUUGUAUUUGAUUCUGCCAUUGAUAUCAAUCCAAUUUCCUUUCAGCCCCCCUGUAGUCCUAUAAUGGACACAGCAGCAGUCACAAGGAUCAGAACAGUUAAUUCCCUUCCAUCUUAUUCUUUAGGGAGAAUGAUGAAUGCAACAUAUCUAAUCCAACCUCCAUGGCUUUCUACACAACCACAAACACUUGCUCUUUAUGCUUCUGGCACAUCUUUGUGCAGUAACUUUCCAAGCCACCAAAGAGGUCCAUGUCCUAAGUCUAGAAACAGCACAUUGUUUCUCACUCAGUGCUCUACAAAACCAGGCAUUGACAGCAACAACGCAACGAAUAAGAAUCCUGCCAUUGAACGGGAUUCAAGUUCAAAAUCUCAACAUUUGGCAACUCCCAUGCCAAAUCAAGCACUCACAUCUACUUGUUCAAGAGGUCUGGUGCUUGGCUUGGGUCCAAAAAAUUCCUGGGAUGGUACAGAAAUUGGCUCACCAGUUGUGAAAAGAUUCAUAGGAGACAAUGAGGAAAGGUGGUACAUGUGGUACCAUGGAAGGUCUGACGGUAGCAACACUUCCGAUUCCAUUGGAUUAGCAGUUUCACGCAACGGAAUCCAUUGGGAAAGAGGAGCAGAACAUGUUAGAUCGUGUGGGGAUGCAGGUUUGGUGAUGAAUUGCAGCAAGAAUUGGUGGGCUUUUGACACAGAAAGCAUUAGGCCUUCUGAGAUGGUUAUUAUGUCCAGCCCAAUGUACAGUGCUGUUUACUGGCUUUAUUAUACAGGAUAUAGUUCUGAAGAAGUUAACUUACCAGGGGAUCUAAACAUUUUAGAAAACCCAGAAAGAGUUCAGAGUGGAGACAAGAAAGAUGAAUGUCAUAGAAUUGGCAAAAUUUCAAAGUCUCUGCCAGGCCUGGCAUGUAGUCAGGAUGGUAGGCAUUGGGCCAGAAUUGAAGGGGAUCAUCAUAGCGGAGCCCUGUUAGAUGUGGGAUCUGACAAGGAGUGGGAUUCUUUGUUUAUUGCAGCACCUCAGGUUGUUGUGCACAGCAAUGAUGAUCUCAGGAUGUAUUAUCAUUCAUUUGAUGUCGAAAAUGGGCAGUUUGCUCUUGGAAUUGCAAGGUCCAGAGAUGGUAUUAGAUGGGUGAAGCUGGGGAAGAUCAUGGGAGGGGGGUCAGAAGGUUCUUUUGACGAGCUUGGGGUCAAGAAUGCGUGUGUUGUGAGAAGCCGCAGAGAAGGAAACUAUUUGAUGGCAUAUGAGGGUGUUUCUGCAGAUGGGAUGAGGAGUAUUGGGCUGGCAGUAUCUCCAGAUGGACUGAAGAAUUGGAAGAGGCUUCAAGAAGACCCAGUUGUUAAGCCUUCAGAAAAAGAUGGAUGGGAUAAUAAAGGAGUGGGAUCCCCAUGUCUGGUUCAGAUGGAAGGCAACGUAGAUAAAUGGAGAUUGUAUUAUGUAGGUAUUGGGCAUGGUGGAAUGACUGGGAUCGGAAUGGCAGUUUCAGAAGGCAGUAACAUAAGAAAUUUUAGAAGAUGGGCAGGAUCUCACUUGUAAGAUAAAUGUAUAGUAUUGGUGUAUGUCAACAUAUCUCAAUAAUUGUUCAAUCCAACUAUUUUUCACUCAAAGAUCAUAA